AGAAAGUUUCUCGUGCGCACGAGAAAGUUUCUCGUGGCCACGAGAAAGCAUUGGAUGCGUGCUGAUGGUUGGGUGUGUGUUAAAAUGGCAGUUUAGGAGUUAAUAUGGCUGUAUUUCCAAUUAGGACUUUCCCCCAUGUGUGUUGUGGCAAAAUGUGAAUGCUUGAUUAGUAGGUGUGAGACAAACACUUUAUCUUCCUGGUUAUUGUAAUGCUACAUGUUUGACAUUAUUUAAGACUUUAUCAUGCCCGGGAAAGGACAGUUUUCCUCUUUUAUAAAAAAAAAAAAAAAAAAAAAAAAUUAUAAAAAGCCACGAGAUACAUGUCUAAAAAAAAAAAAAUUCCCAUGUCCCUUUAGGGGCUCCGUACAAACCAUUUAAAAAAAUAAAAAAUAAAUUAAUACUAAUAAUGAUUUCAGAGCAAAUUAUCCAUCAAAUUGUGCAAUGUAAAAUAGCAAUAGUUUUCAUGGUAAAAUUUCACAAUUUUACAGCAUUUUUCUCUAAAUGAAAACAACUGUACUUUUUUUUUACAGUAAUAAACUGUGGUAUCGUUUUGGCAUUUACAGUAAUACACCGAAACAUUUUGUUGAUUUGCGGUAAAAAAAAAUACAUAAAAAUUGACUGGGAGCUCAGGUGCCAACAUUUUACUGUAAAAUUGCAGUGUUUUUUUAAAUUUACAGUAAAAAAACAAAUGUACAUUUUACAGUAAAAUUCUGGCUACUGUGCUGCCUUUUUUUAACUAUAAAAAACCGCAGUACUGUUUUGCCAUUUACAGUAGUAUUGCACUACAUUUUGAGGUGGAAUUAUUGCAACUUACCAUUUUACAUUGUAGUACUAAUAAAAUGCAUUAAAAAAAGUGUAAUAAUAGUAUUCACUGUUAGAAGUGGCAUAACUCCUCAGUGAAAACGACUUUGACACCUCUGGUCCAUCUGCAUUAUAACACAUUUCUGGAUGGAACAUAUGAAAAUAAUAGCUUUCCCUUUAUUGCAUAUUCCCUGCAUCCUCUGCAAUGGACAUUUGUAAUAUGCAUCACAGGGCUAUUUCUAAUGUGUAACCCUGACGAAAGAAGUACAGUACACAAAAAAACUAAUGGUUCUCAGGAGGAUAUGAAAGUAAAAUGUGCCAUCACUUCAUCAUACGACACAGUAUUAUUGUAUUUUUUUUGUUUUUCUUUCCGUCAUUCUGUUUAUUCUCACCUACAAAUUAAUUAUGCGAGAUCAACUUGGAGAAGAAAUGGACUGCAUUUUGGUUGCUGGCUCAUGUGUGAUCAUCGUCAUGGCAACCGGACACACGCAUGCACAUACACGCACACACACUUUGUGGGCCAGCAUUUUGGUGACAUACACGCCCUCGAUGCUUUGCAUCUUUGUCACACAGGGAAGAUUCGAAGCUUAUUAUGCAAGAUGACCGACUCCUAAUGGAAUUAGGGGAGCUUUCCGUAAUGCUUCACCACACCUACAUCUGAAACAUUAUAGCGGAGUCACUCGAGAAGGACACAGGGUUUGUGUGUGUGUGCAUUUGGUUAUAAAUGUGCGUGUGUGUGUGUGUGUGUGUGUGUGUGUGUGUGUGUGUGGAGUGAGAGAGGGGAGAAUAACAGAGACAGUGGGUGCCAGGCUGAUGGUUGGGCACAUGGCGCCGCUUCAGCUGUCAAUUUACAUCAAUCAGCGCACACACACAUACACACACACACACACACACACACACACACACACUGUAUGCCUCUCUCCUGAUAUCUGUGUUGUUGCUAGAGAGCAAUUGGGGAUUGCGACUGAGUGAUUUGUGGGAUUGUGCGGCAAUAAUAUUGACCUGGAAAUGUCUGGUGUGACACAGAUGUCUGCUUCGAUGACGAUUAGAGAGCACCUUUUCUGUUAGGAUUUUGUUUUUGGAACACUGUCGUACUUCCAACGGAAUUGUAUGAUUGGAUUUUGUUCAUCUCUAAAGCAGUGCUGGGGUCUUCAACGUUGUCCAGACCAAGGACCCCCAAACUGAUGGAGCGGGGACCCCCUACUUAAAUACCUUUACCAGGGAGCACGUGACCCCGGAGAUGAACAAGCUUCGUCAGAGUCUGAGGAGGAAGAAGCCCACCUAUGUGCCCGAGGCCAGCAGACCGCAUCAGUGGCAGGCGGACGAGGAGGCAGUACGCAAGGGCAAAUGUAACUUCUCUGUACGGUACCUGGGCUUGGUGGAGGUGGAGGAGUCCAGAGGCAUGCAUGUGUGCGAGGAGGCAGUGAAGAAGCUGAAAGUUAGCGGGAAAAAGACAGUGAAGGCGGUUUUGUGGGUUUCCGCAGAUGGACUCCGAGUGGUCGAUGAUAAAACAAAGGACCUCAUUGUGGACCAGACCAUAGAGAAGGUGUCCUUUUGCGCUCCUGAUCGAAACUAUGACAAGGCUUUCUCCUAUAUCUGCCGAGACGGGACCACCAGACGAUGGAUGUGCCACUGCUUCAUGGCUCUUAAAGACUCGGGAGAGAGACUGAGCCACGCGGUCGGCUGUGCCUUCGCCGCCUGUUUGGAGAGGAAACAGCGCAGGGAGAAGGAGUGUGGUGUGACGGCAUCUUUCGACGCCACUCGGACGUCGUUCGUACGCGAGGGCUCUUUCCGCGCUAACUCUUCCUGCAACCAGCCAGGCAGCAGCAGUGAACAUGAUGAGAAAUCACAGGAUAAAAAUAAAGACCAGCCUUCAGUUCAUGCUGCCCUGCCCCCUGGUACUGCUUCCCCACCCGAGGGUGCAGCAUCCCCGAUGGAACGGCCGGAACCUGGUGGGCCUCACGCAAUCCCCCGCCGCCAUGCGCCAAUCGAGCAACUGGUACGUCAAGGAUCAUUCCGAGGAUUCCCAGCUCUCAGUCAGAAAAACUCCCCCUUCAAGAGGCAGCUGUCACUCCGUCUCAAUGACCUGCCAUCCACACUGCAACGCAAAACGGACUUUGAGACCAAGAACCCUGUACUGGAGAUGGACAUGUGCUUGCCAGGGGAGGGAGACAUCAACGCCCUGUGUUGUCAGAUCAACGCCUCCUUCACCAAGCCUUCUGAGGAUCCUUUCUCCAACCCCUGUUCAUCUGCGGGUGGCCUGCCAACCUGCGUUGUGCCCGCAGCUUUGCCCCCACCACCAGCACCGAUGCAGGCUACACCAUCUUGGGUUCAGCCGGAUCCUCCGCUCCACUCUCCUCCUGCCGUCUCCGUGGUGAUGCAGAGUGGACACAAACGGACGCCGUCCGAGGCAGAAAGAUGGCUAGAAGAAGUCUCCAAGGCAGUCAAGGCUCAGCAGACGCCCCCACCGGGCUCCACCAUCCCCACCAUCCCGGGGCCACCAUCUGCAUCCAGUCAGGCCUCUGUGUCAAUCAAACCUCUCAUAGCGGGCCCCUCAGCUCCUGCCCCAAUGUCUCUUCCACCAAUUUCCAUAUCAUCAGUCCCCCUGAUACCCGGCCCUCCAAUUUCCAGCCCUCCUAUGUCUUUGCCUUCUAUGUCCAUCCCCACAAUGUCUGGUCCUAGUAUGUCAGGAGCCCCAAUGAUGCAGCCCUCCCUCCCUGGGCACCGAGGCUCCAUCCCCAGCUCCAUGCAGCCUUUUCCUUUGGCUUUCGAUGCCACUACAGCUCCUGUCGGGAUCUUCCCUAGUCAGCCUGUCCAACCGACAUUUGUUCCCAUGCAAACGUACAUCCCAGGCUUGGCCAGCAGUAUGACCUACCCUAAUGUUAGCGUACCCGUGGUGGGAAUCACUCCAUCGCAAAUGGUGGCCAAUGUCUUCUGCACGGCUUCAGGCUCUUCCAGCACUGGAGGUGCUAUUGGCUCUUGCGUCGGAGGGCCUAAAGUGGGCACCCACCAUUCUUACUCAGGAGCACCUUGUGCAGUUGGUACCACGGGUGGGUUUUCCACACCAUUCUCCUCUACUCCUCCCCUUUCAACAGCCAUAAAUGGUCUCCCACCACACAGCGGCACCACAGCAGCUCUUCCCAAUGGAACCUCUAGCAGUACCAGUAGUUGGCCACCGGAGGGCAGCCACCUGACCGCCCCUGUGACCGGUAAUCCCAAAGAUGACGACCGUUUCGAGGCCAAGUGGGCUGCGCUUGAGACCAAACCAGCAGCCCAGGCACCUGGAAGCAAGACUCCGGCAGCAGCAGCAGCCAACCCGUUUUCGAACAACCUGCAAAAGACUUUUGAGAUUGAGCUCUAAGUGAGAGCUCUGCAGUUACGAAGGAGAAAGCUCAACUUUCUACUUUAGUCCUGAAAUGUGGCCAAGCGUCCAGCCUAGCAGCCCCCUAAGAGCUCUUAAUGAAGCAUCUACAUCAGAAUGAUAUUCCUUUCUUUACGGAUUGCUGGGUUGCCCUUUGGAAGACGUCUCUAAAAAACAUCAUGUGAUGAUGAAAAUCUCGCCGCCUCUUUCCUGCUUUCAUAUCUGCACUCUGGCUUUACUUUCUUUACCGGCUGCAAGUCCCUUGACUUCUGACGAGUGUUGUCACUUGGCAACACGGUCAAUGGUUGCUUUCUUUAAAAGGUGACUCGGAUACAUUCCAAUCUCACGGACUGAUUGUGGCAGUAUUUGUUCUGGAAAGAAGCAAAGAAAAUGAAGCAUUCUUGGAUGGACUGAACACCGGAUUGAUGCUUGAUUGUAUUCCCUAAAGGACUCUCUUAUUAUUAGUAGGGGUUUGUUGCCAAAAUUAUUUUAUUUAUUGUACUUUAUUUUGAUGUUAUAUUUACUUAAAAUCUUUAAAGGGAUUUAUUAAGAUAUUUUUUAUCACAUAUAUUUAUUUCAGUUGAACUUUUAAAAAAAGACCAGGGAAAAAGAGGUCCAGUACAGUGGAACCCGUUUAAGCCCACCCCGUUUAUGUCCUCAACUCGUCCACAUACAUACAGACAAUUGGGCUGUUUUUGUCCCGAAUUUCCCCCUUCCGACCAAAGACCGCAAACACCCGACCAUCUCGUGUCUUACAAGAUCGUCCUAGAAGAUUUUCCUGUGGUCUGAGGUGCGUUAAGAGUACAUUCGUCCCCGAUAAUUGGCUCCAAAAACAGGUCGCACCCUGUGGGGAAUACCGAUGCCUUCCGAGUCAUGGCUCCGUGAACUGUAACGUGGUACAGGAAGAGGAUACUGAGAUCGAAUUUACCUCCAGCUCGCUGAGUAGAUUUAAAGUCUGCGUUCAAUUUUUUCCCAAUCUUUUUUUUAGUUUGGGAUUUUCAUUUCAAAAAUAUUGUCCCAAGAUCAACAUCCUUCCCUUCUCUUGUACGUCCUCUUCUAUGUUGCCUGUUUGUUCUGCCUUUGCUACUGUGAAUUUUGGUAGCGACCAAUAGAAAGUAAAUACAGAUUUAUUUUAAAAUAUAAACAAAUCCACUAAAAUUAUCGUAAUAAGGCAAAGAUAUUUGUGAAAAAUAACAUCAGUAGGGCAGGAAGAAGAGGGCAAAUUGUGCCUGAGUGAGCAGCAGAGACAUAAAGAGAGAGAUGUGCUGUGUUCGCACUGACCGACUAGAUGAGGGGUGUCAAACGUACGCCCCGCGAACAGGUUUUAUCCGGCCCGCGGGAUGAGUUUGCAAAGUAUAAAAAUUAGCCAAAAUUUUGGAAUGAAAGAAACUGCUGUUCUAAAUGUGUCCACUAGAUGUCACAAUAGCAAUUAUUUGUAUCUUUGUAGAUGAUGCUACAUAUGUAAAAAUAAUAAACCACAUGAUGUUAGUGCACCAGUCGAGGAAAAUGAGCAAACCACAUAAACAACAUUCUGUAAUUUGAUUUUGAUAUCAUUUUUUUUAUCUUGAUAGAUUGAAAAUUAACACCAAUGAGUUGACUGAUGAACAUUAUCACAUAAUCUAUUUAGAAAGUAUAAAUAACGACAAAUAAAGGUAGAAUACUAUUAACCUAAACAUGUGAGUGUAAAAAAAACAACAUUGAUUUGUACAUUUUCAGAAUGUGCUUGUUCUUUAUUUUUAAGUUAUCGUACCGUGAUUUUACCAGUCCGACCCACUUGGGAGUAGAUUUUUCUCCAUGUGGCCCCCCCCCCCAUAUAAAAUGAGUUUGACACCCCUGGACUAGAUAGUAGAGACGCACGCUGCAGUCGUAUUAAUAACGAAAGGAAAAUGGAGUAAUUUGCUGGAUCUAAAGAAAAAGACAAUCUGCAACAAAAUCACGCAAAAUUACGUCUUGAAGGACUUGAAUCUGGUAAUGUGUGUGUGUGUGUGUGUGUUGAUGUUAUCAUGGCAAACCACACACAGGAGGAUCAACAUUGCUUAAUGCAUGAGUCUUAAUCAUUGUGUGGAGUCCGUUACAGAUAAAAUAGUUUUAAGAUUUAGAAUAUUUUCGUGUGUACCAGCCUUGAGGCAACCAACUCCGGAAGUCCUGAUCCAUCGUGUUCUUCGGACUAAAAAGUGUGCCACAUACAUGAUCGACAUACAUGACAUAACAUUUCAGACCCCGAGGGAACAUUUCUAUGAAAAUAAGUCCAUUUAUGUCAACUUCCAUCAUUAUCGCUUGAGUUGUUUUCUGCAAAAGCAGAUUUGUGGUCAAUAAAAAACAAGUAACUGGAAGGAAAAAAAACAGGCAACAGGGAAGGAACCUUAAAGCCUCCAGAUAAGACCUAGGGUUAUUUCUUCUUUGGCUUCUCAGUCAUUCUUUAAUCCUUUUCAAAAUGCAUUUUCCGGACUAUUAAGUGCACCAGUAUGUAAGCUCCAACCACUAAAUCUUGGAAGAAGAAAAAAAGUUCAUGUAUUAGCCGCACCGGACUAUAAUCCGCAGAUAUGUAACAUCGUGAAAUGAGUUAUUUACACAAAGAUUUUAUAAACCUUCAUUUACAUACUGUCAGGUUCAAACACUGAUGACAUUUAUUAAACAAGACAAGAAGCAAGGAAUUAAACAGAGACAGAAUAAAACUUGGCUCAAUUGAGGAGAGCUCGUCUGGGCUGUGCUCUUGUACAGUCUCCAUCACGGUCUGGCGAAAGACUUGUACGCCUCCUCUGUUUAAUUGGACUUUCCCUGAUUACAUGGCAACAGCUGUUUGUAAGGGAGGGAGUCGUAAACAGCCAUUGCCUUUGGUUACAGAACAGUUCAAAGAAAAGGUCGUAAAACAGUUCAACAAAAAGGUCGCCUGGAGGGGAGUCUGGUCCUGCUUCCUCUCCGCUUUGUAGUUCUCGGGUCAAGAACAACACGUCAAAGAAACAGAACACCUUCGUGUUGCUUCCCAUCCUACACAGUGGAGUUUUACAAGCCUUUUGCUUGGUAGGAUCAAAGACAGCUUUUGUCCUCUCGCAGGGAACUCAUGGCAACACAAAGUUCUGUGAUAACUUAGAUACAAUUAUUCUGACACAUACCUUAAUUGUUUCCAAACGGUGCCUGUAACACAGCAGUAAAACGGCAAGUCAUAAAAAACAUAAGUCAUAGUCAUGGACUCCAUUCAGCUAAACAGACUCAAUAACUCCACGGUGAUGUUUUGGUGAGUUUACCGAGGAAUUUCUGAAACUGACACAAUACAAAAAGAACGCCAUAAUACUAACAGACACUCGUAAAUGUGUUAGUAUAUAAGAUCAUGCUCAUGACGCUAGCUUGAUUACAUUACGAUAGCACGUUCAAAUAUGCAUGAAAACAGACAUCGCACAUGGGAUGGUUUAGUAAGUAUGAAUAGUUUUAGUUGUAUUGUAAAACUUGCAAACAAUGUUUGGAGUGAUGAAUGAAGAAUCCAUAUGAGUAGAAACGCUAUGGACGACUAAAAGACAGAACAGCACUUGUACUACCAGUUUAAAGCCCUGGAGACGUUCACACCACAGCGAACUCGUCUAAAAGAUGGCGCCUUAGCACAAACAAUAACACACCAUUUUUGUGUAUUUGAUGCUUGUUUUGUUUUUAUCUAUUUGUAUUGUGUUUUAGAAGCUGCAGGGUUCCAAGCGUAGGAAAAAAAGCGUCUUAUAGUCCGAAAUUUCUGGUAUUUAAAUGGAGGAAAACAAAGCUGCCGUAUAUUUAAUCAAAGCGAACAAUGGCUACCACGUCCGCAUGAAUACGCCAGCCCGAGUGACGGCGGCUUAACGGGUUCCACUGUAGUAUAGAGAGUGUGGAAGUGGGAAAUGUAGUCAUGAACCAAAUAGGGAGGACAUGUAUCGUGAUGCCUGACAAGUGUAUAUAAAGGCAUGUUGCUUCCACGUGUACACCACGCACUGUCGCUUCUCCGUACCAACCAACACAACUUCGCUAUAGCUAUGGUGACUUUCCGAGUAUCCCACACGGACACCACAUUCCAGAAGACCCAAGGACUACCAAGUAUGACACACUACCUUCCAAGUGCAGUACAGGCAAGGUUGAGUACACAAGAACAGAAACAUGAUGAUGGAUGGAGACGUGCCAGUGGAAGAAUGAGUGAAGGAUCAACAGUAUGUGAAGGAGAGAAUGGAGAUAAGAUGAAGCGAGUCAUUGAAAAGAAUUGAGCGCUAACAUGAUGAAAAAGAGUUUUGAAGGGGAAAAAAGUGAUUGUGGGAACGCCACAGAACUGCCACUUUUUGUCACUUCAGUCGCAGAAUCACUUACUUUUUCAACAUUUACAUUCUUAUAUUUGAUGUACCGUAGAACCCGUUUAAGCCAACCAACUCAUCAAGUCCUGAUCCAUCUUCGUCUUAUAAUUAUGUAAGUCACUUCUACUCACUCACUGUGUUAGUGUUCCAUCAUGGUGCCAUCUACUGGAUUCAAAAUGUCCUUACAUGUGACCGGUAAAAAAAAUGCAUAGCGAUUUUAUAUAUAUAUAUAUAUAUAUAUAUA